AUGCCCGAUGGACCGAGACGAAAGGACCGAUGGUUAGGCGUGGCGGAGGAAGAAAGCCUCCAGCUGAUGAUGGGUCAAGACGCAGAUGGGAAUCCAGUGGACUAUGUUCAGAUGGAAGACUUGCACUCAGAUGGCAAGCCCAAAUCAGCAGCAAUCAGGCGCUUGGAAGAGCGACCCUUUAGCAACCGGAAACACACUGGCCUAUACUACAUUUUUGGAGCUGCUAUUCUAGUUGUGCUGUCUAUUGUUGGAUUAUCGACUUUAUCUGGGGAUUCGGCAAAACAAGGUAUAGGCCAGCUGUCGAAUGGAACGCACCUGUAUAACCCGACUACAGUCUACAUUUCAUUGGAUGGAUUCCACCCACAGUACGUUUCCGAAAAGAGAUCACCUCAUCUUGCAAGGCUGGUAAACUUCGGGUUCUCGACGCCUUAUAUCGUUCCCUCAUUCCCUUCUCAAACCUUCCCCAAUCACUGGACGUUGGCAACUGGCCUGUACCCCGUAAAUCACGGCAUUGUAGGCAAUUCGUUCUUUGAUCCUAUGCUGAAUCGAAAUUUCAAGCAUGUCUCACCCACAAGCUUGGACAGGGUGUUCUGGGGAGGUGAGCCUCUUUGGGCGACGGCCAAAAAGCACAAACGCAAGAGCGCGGUGCACAUGUGGCCGGGAUCAGAAGUCGAUUUUGAGCACUUUAAUCCCGAUUUUGUUGAUAAGUUCAAUAAAACAGAGGUACUGAGCGCCAAGAGGGAUCGUAUCUUGGACUGGCUCGACUUGCCGAUUAAGGAGCGACCAGAGCUCAUUAUGGCAUACGUGCCUACCGUCGAUACUAUCGGCCAUAAAUUUGGAAUUUCGGGAGACGAAGUUAUUGACUCCAUUACCCAGGUAGACACGCUAAUCGGCGAGAUUGUCGCCGGGUUGGAGGACCGUAACCUGACGGAGGUAGUCAAUCUAGUUGUUGUUUCGGAUCAUGGUAUGGCACCGACGUCAGAUGACCGCCUAGUCUUUCUGGACGACCUGAUUGACACGAGCGUGGUUCAGAAGCGCACCGGAUGGCCGCUGAGUGGUCUGUGGCUGGAUAUCAAUGAUGUUGAGCCGACUGUGGAAAGAAUAAGAGACAAGCUGGGCGAAGGAGCGCAUGUUUACAAGAGUUCGGAGAUGCCGCAGGACUGGCACUUCGAUAACCAGGGCAAGUACGGCUAUCGGAUGCCCCCUGUGUAUAUCGUGCCGAACGUUGGAUGGAGUAUUCUGACCCAUGCAGAGUACGCCGACCAAGGCAACAAGUAUAAACCUCAUGGUGUUCACGGGUAUGACAGUCAAGAGGUGUUGAUGAGAGGGUUCUUUGCUGCCAGCGGGCCAGGGUUCAAACCAGGCCACUACGAGCCUUUCGAGAACGUCAAUGUGUACUCGCUGGUCUGUCGGUCCAUGCAGAUGAGACCCGCCGUGAAUGACGGCGAGGCUGACUUGAAGCCCCUCCAGGGCCAUUUCAUCAACAGAUAUCCAGAUGUUGAAUUUGCUAUUGACUAUAUUACGGACUCGCUGUUCGACAACUGGCCACUGCCAAAGUAA